CCCUCUCCCUCCCACACACCCCUCACACCCACUACUCCAUCAUCACCUCUCACUUUCUCUCUCUAAAAACCAAAGCGCCUCUCUCUUCUCUCUCUGCAAACACCAUGAAGCAAUUGAUCCGACGUCUCUCCCGCGUCGCCGACUCGUCGCAGUACUGCCUCCUCCGCAGCUCGGAUUCCACCGCCGCGUCCGGUGCCUCCUCGAAUUCCCGGCCUCGCCGGAGCGAGUCGUUCAGAGUCCUGAAGCUCCGGCGACGCAGGAGCAACCCGGAGACCGGAGUCCCCGAGGGACACGUGCCGGUGUACGUCGGCGACGAGAUGGAGCGGUUCGUCGUCUCCGCCGAGCUCCUCAACCACCCGGUGUUCGUCGAGCUUCUGAACAAGUCGGCGCAGGAGUACGGCUACGAGCAGCGUGGCGUGCUCCGGAUUCCCUGCCACGUGGUGGUGUUCGAGCGCGUCCUCGAGACGCUCCGGCUCGGACGCGCCGCGCCGUCGAGUGACAUCAACGACCUCCUCGGCUCGCUCUCAGAGGAUCGUCACUUUAUCUACGCCAAUUAGCGGCGGGUAGGAUUACCACCUCUCUCUCUCUCUCUCUCUUCGCCGGUUUAGAUCUCGGUGGGGGAGGGGGUUUUUGGUAAUUCUAAGGAGAUGUCUUGGCCUUUUCUGUAAAUACAGGUCUCCCAUAGAGGAGAGGGAGCCGUUUAGGACCAGAGUCUUUUAGCUUUUAAUUUUGUUGUAAAGGGGUAAAAAAGGAAAAUACAAAGCUAGAGUGGUAGUACCUACUAGUAGUGUUGUUGUUGCUCUCUGUGGAAAGAAACUGAAAGAGUCUAUUGGCAAAAAUCGGAUAAUAUUUUGUUCU